CACAGGGGAAAGAAAAUAAAAAAGGAAAGCGGAGGCGAGCAGUGUCUUGGUCUUGGUCUUGGCCCAAGUCGCAGCGAAGUCGUAGUGUCACUGCGACGCUGGUGCUGGGCCGCUGGCUUCCAUCGCAAACCCUAAGGAGACCAUUCUUGACCAGAUCCGACCUCUCUCUCCCUCGGUACGUCGCCGCUCUCCCAAUCGCUGCUCUCGUCUGCGCGAAUCGCUUUAACUUGAGCAGAGAGGCUGUUUCACCUGGGCUGGAUGGACCAGUACGAGAAAGUUGAGAAGAUCGGGGAAGGAACCUAUGGUGUGGUCUAUAAGGCUCGUGACCGUACGACCAAUGAGACUAUAGCUUUAAAGAAGAUUCGCUUGGAGCAGGAAGAUGAGGGAGUACCAAGCACUGCAAUCCGAGAAAUCUCCCUCUUGAAAGAAAUGCAGCAUGUGAACAUUGUCAAGUUACAGGAUGUAGUGCACAGUGAGAAGCGCUUGUAUCUGGUUUUUGAGUACCUUGACUUGGAUCUGAAGAAGCACAUGGAUUCAUCUCCAGACUUCGCAAAGGAUCUACGUCAAGUGAAAAUGUUCCUUCAUCAAAUCCUCCGUGGCAUUGCUUAUUGCCAUUCCCAUAGAGUUCUUCAUCGAGAUCUAAAACCCCAAAAUUUGCUAUUAGAUCGCAGCGCCAAUAUACUAAAGCUUGCAGACUUUGGACUGGCCAGAGCAUUUGGUAUUCCUGUCAGGACAUUUACACAUGAGGUGGUGACCCUGUGGUACAGAGCUCCAGAAAUAUUGCUCGGAUCCCGCCAUUACUCAACCCCUGUUGAUGUUUGGUCAGUGGGUUGCAUAUUUGCCGAGAUGGUUAACCAACGGCCGCUAUUUCCUGGGGACUCUGAAAUUGAUGAACUGUUUAAGAUUUUCCAAAUCUUGGGCACUCCAAACGAGGAUACAUGGCCUGGAGUGACUUCUUUGCCUGAUUAUAAAUCUGCUUUUCCCAAAUGGCCUCCGAAGGAUUUGGCAGCUGUGGUUCCAAAUCUUGAUUCAGCUGGACUUGAUCUUCUUUCCAAAAUGCUUUGCUUGGACCCCAGCAGAAGAAUUACAGCCAGGGUUGCUCUUGAGCAUGAAUACUUCAAAGAUAUUGGAUUUGUGCCCUGAUUCUCAGUAACCAUUCUCGUGGCAGAGAAGUGUCUAUAUUAAUGUGUAGCGUUUCUAUUAUUGCUUUUGAUUGUGUGAGAAAUAUUUGUGCUUUCUUUUGUUUUGAUUUCUUCUUUUUUACAUUUUUCCUUGGAUUGAGUUUAGAUUACUGUAAUUUGGUUUUGGACGGAUAUAUUGGAAUCAACUAGAGUCUGCUUCAUCUCUUCUCCCUUCUCUCCAUGUCCGUAACUUAUAACUGGCAUUUUCUGUCCAAUUUGCUUGUAAUUGAUAGUCUCAUAAUAUUUGAGAGACAGCAAACUAUUUUUUCAUGUGCAAUGGUAAAGUUUGGUUUACCUUGUA